AUGACGGAAGUGACGAGAGCCUGGCGAUGGCCGUCCCACAGGUGCCCAAACCGCUGCUGGGUAGUCUGCAGUCGGCGGGUUCCUGAGUGUGGUGAGGUGCGACCACGCCUAUCGUCAGACCCUUUAUAUUAUACAGAAAUGAAAAGAAAGGUAAUGAAUAAUGGCAAGCUGAGACUGAGUCCUAAUGAGGAAGCCUUCAUUUUGAAGGAAGAUUAUGAAAGAAGACGGAAACUAAGGUUGCUACAGGUUCGAGAACAGGAAAGGAGCAUUGCUUUCCAAAUAAGAGAAGACAUAAAACAGAGACGAAAUCAGCAGUUUUCUCGUUUGGCUGAGGAGCUAAGAACAGAAUGGGAAGAAGCACAAAGUCAGAGAAUACAGAAAUUGGAAAAACUAUAUUUGGCCAGUUUAAAACAUCUGGGAGAGGGACAUCGACAGGCUAAAGAAAAUGAACCUGACUUGGAUACUCUGGCUCAGCGGGCAGCAGAAAGAAAAAGAAAAGCAGAAAUGAGACAUAAAGAAGCCCUAAGAAUGCAGAAAAAUGAAAAAGAAAUGUUAAUGAAACAGAAAACCAGGAAUAUAAAAGCUCGAAAGGAAGCAUUACUUGUGGAAAAAGAGAGAUCAGCUAAAAUGGCCAGGCUGCCACCUCCUGUCCCAGCCCCUUUUGAGAACAUUGAAGUAAACAGAAUUCCUUCAUUGAAAACCAAUAGUUCCACCUACCAUCAUAUUUCCGCUUUUGUGAGUAGACAGCCAGAUGCUCACUUGGCUGCUGAAGAAGAAGCUAGACGGUUGGAAGGACUACGUAAACAGGCAGUACAGGAGAGAAUGGAACAGCUUGAGAGGGCUCAUGUUCGAGGAUCCCAAGCCAUGAAGAAGAUCCACUUGGCGCAAAACCAAGAGAGACUAAUGGAAGAACUCGAACAGCUGCAGAAAGAAGACUUGGCACGUAGACGACAGACAGUGGCACAGAUGCCACCCCAACUAGUUGAACUGCCGUACAGACGCAGCGAGCUAAAAGAAGACUGGCAGCGAGAGCUGGAGUUCGCCUUUGAAGAUAUGUACAAUGCAGACAGGAAGGUGAAAGGAAACCUGAUUUUGCAUCUUAAGCCUCAGCCUUUGCCCACAAUAUCUGAACAUCUCCAAGAUGAAGAACUGGACCUUUCAAUGGAACAAGAAAAUCAAGGAGAAACUGAGAACCUUCAAGUGCGAGACACUGAAAUAAUAUGUCCUAGUGGAACAGUGUCCUUUGCAACAAAGACCCAACAAAUUCCCGCAAGAAUUCUUUUUAAAAGAUUAUUAAAUAAGAUUCGAAGCCAGCAAUCUCUCUGGACAAUUAAAUCCGUGUCUGAGGAUGAAGGUGAAAUGACUACAAGUACCAGUGAGAUUGAGAGUAAAGCAGCAAGCAUGGAAUCAGGAGCCAUUGCCACGGAGGAAGGAACACUGUUCUCUGAGCAGGAACAAGUCACGGACAGUGAUAGGCUGACGAUUGAGUCAGGACCACUGAGUAGUGAAGAUAAGCUAUUUUUCUACCAAGCGGGUGCUGGAAAGGAACAAGCGAUGGCUGUGUCUCCACCUGUCACAACUGUGGCUCAGAGUUCAGUACUGCUUCAUCCUCAGGAAGAAGCAGUCAGAAUUCGAAUGUCAGCAAGGCACAAACAGAUAAUGGAGAUAGAAGAGCAGAAGCAGAAGCAGUUGGAAUUACUUGAACAAAUUGAGCAACAGAAGUUAAGAUUAGAAACUGAUUGUUUCCGGGCUCAACUGGAAGAAGAAGAGAAACAAAAGAAAACUCAGUUUGAGGUUUGCCCUGCCUCAAUGUCACAUGCUAUGAUUUCUGAUGAAGACUGUCACAGGCAGAUGAUUCGUAACUAUCAACAUCAGCUUUUACAACAAAAUAGGUUACACAAGCAGUCUGUUGAGACUGCCAGGAAACGAUUACUUGAAUACCAAACUGUAUUAAAAGAAAGAUGUCUCCCUGUACCAGCCAUAUCACUGGCACCUGAUUCUGUUGUAUUAGGGCCGCCACAGAAAUCCCAAAAGUCUGCUGCUGCAUCAGAGCAUUGGGAUCCAAGCCAGAGACUGAAGCUAAGUCCUACCAAAUGUCAACCUGUGCAACCCUCACAUACCCCUGCAUUAGAUCAUGGUGAUAUUCAGUUACCAGGUGAGGGUCACUUUCCACAGAGGCAAGGAGAAACAGGUACAUCAGAGAAGUUAACCAAGCAGUCUGUGGAGUCACAGGAACAUCGACAGCAGUUCUCUCAGGCAGAAAUGCAUGAGAAAGACUCUGAGUCCAUCCCUGAAGAUUCUCAAGCACUUUCAAGAACUUUGUCUUCUGAUAGGCCACUGGUACUUGCAUGUUCUUUUGCUAGUCUCCCAGUUAAACUUGAAUCUGGAAAAAUUCAGAAACCCUUAAAAACCAUAAACCAGUCUGUAAUCACUCAAAUGCCUGAUCAGCCUUUGUCAUUCUCAGAAACAAGCACAGCCCAGCAGGGUGACUUAAAAGUUCUCCAAGAACAGUUAGAACUACAGAAGGAAGUUCUUCAGGCAAGACAAGAGGCUCAGGAAAAGCUGCUUUUGUAUAAACAGAAAGAACUGGAAAAGCAGACUGCUCUUCAAGUAUUUCUACCUUCAUCUUCAUCAGUUGGAAACUUACUUCCUUCACUGUCAUCUGCCUCAGCUGAAUCAGGAGAAAUCCAGGCAUCUUCAACAGAAAGUGAUGGCACUGUUUCCUCAGGCAAUGUGGACAGGCUUUGGGGUGUUUCACAGCCUAUCUCCUCACAGCAAACCAGUUCAGAAUUUCUCCAAGAACAGUUCAGUGUUCAAAAGGAUAACCUUCAGGCUAGGCGAGAAGCCCAGGAGGUCAUGUUUGCACAUAAACAGAGUAAACUGGAUGAAAUUGUAUGUCCUGAACAGGCUGGGCCUUCUUGGCCACAUCAGGUGGCUCAGCAGUCAUUUAGUUCCCUAACAUUGGCUUCUAAACAAUCUAGAAAAAUCCAGGAACAGCCUUUACCUACAAACAAAAUAGGGCUUUUCCCAAGCCAGUCUGAAACCUCAAAAUCUCAGGAUGGCUCUUCAGCUUUUCUACAGCAGACCCUACCACUUCACAGAAGUUUAAAGUUUCUGCGAGAACGGCUGACAGCGCAGAUGGAUACGAUUCAGCCUAGACAUGACACUCAAGAGGCAUUACUUUUACAUAGAGAAAGUGCUUUGGGAGGCAGUAGGGCUGGGCCAGUAAAUUCACUUUUCUCAGUGUUUGCUCACCAUUCAGAUGCUUCUCGUGCAGUUUCAGAAGCUGGUUCGAAGAGAUUCCAGGAACAAUAUUCAUCUGGGAAAGAGAAUAUUGUUCCCCCCAGUCACCCGAUCACCCCAGAACUUCAGGAGGAGUCUCGUGGCUUUCCACAGCACAGCCUUCCAAGACAACAUUUUAUAACACUCCAGGAUCAGGCACAUAUUCCGAGGUUUAUACAUGGUUCUAGAAAAGAGAUUCAGGAAUUUUCACACAAACUAAAUGAAUUAGAAAAAGGACUUUGUUCGCAACAGUCUGGCACCUUGUCUUCUCCAUCCCAAGUAGUGGAAUUAGAAAGAUCCCAGGAGUUUAUAUCAGUCAGUGAUAGUACAGGUCCCUUAAGCCAUUUUAAGAUUCCAGGAUUUCAGGAAAGACUAGUUAGAUUUUCACAACAUACAUUCCCCCUACCAGAUAAUUUUCAUGAACACCAAGAAUGGGUAGACAUGGGAAAAGAGAGCUGUCAGCUUAGUUCUCAAACUCGGGAAAAUUCAUUUUCUCAACAGACAGGCUUUUCUCCCUUCAUACCCUCAUUAGGACUGCCACUGGGUGUGUCCUUGCCUUCUGCUGACUCUAUAACACAAGGCUCACUCUCAACAGAGAGCAGCAGUAGAGUGACAUCAAACCUUCAGCUGCCAGAAUUGCAGGGUAGACUUUUAAAGAUAUCCCAACUCAUCCACCCUCAGCAAGACAGUUUGAAGGUCCUUCAAGAACAGUUAGCUGCACAAAGGGAAGCCAUCAUUCACUCUCGACAAGAAGCUCUUGAAGAAGCCCUAAGAGAGUGGAAGGAAAGAAUAUUUCCAGAGCAGGUUGGUCUGUCUUCUCCCCUGAAACCACAGUGUUCACUUGCUUCAUUCCCUCUUUCUGACUCUGAAAGAACACAGGAGCUGUGUUCAACUAUCAGUGACGAAGCAAUAUCUUCCAGUCGUUUUGAGAUUAUGGGUUUACCUGACAGGGCAUUGGGUUUAUCACAUACUGCUUUACCUCAGCAGGAUGAUCUGACUGCACAGCCAGAACACCGUCAUGCACAAACAAAUUUAUUUUGUUCUACUGAGGAAACCCAGGAAAAGCUGGUGUUUCCCAGACCAUGUAAAUUUGAAGAGAUGUCUGCUGAACAUUUUAUCCAACCUCAUCAUGGUGAUUUAAAGACAUUUCAACAGCAGUUAGAUAGGCAAAGGAAAGGCAUUAGAUUUGGCCAGGAAAUACAAGAGGAACUGCUUUUGCAAAGGUUCAAUAAAUUGGAGCAAAGGGUAUCUUCUGAACAAAUUAGCUCCUUUUCAUUCUCAUCCCAGAAAGCACUGCCUAUUGUCAACUCUGAAGAUUCCUUACAGUCUUUCCCAGACAAAAAGGAUGGUACUGACAUACCCAGGUACCAUAGUGAAUGUCUGAGCUUUUCACAGCCUCUUCUGCCUCCACAGGAUAAUCUGGCAGAGCAGUUGGACUUAGAAAUGGUAUUUCAUAAAGAACUGCUUUUACACAAACAAAACAGCAAAAACAAAAGUGAAUCUCCUGAGCAUACCUUCCCUGCUUUGUUUCUCUCCAAGGAAAUAGAGCAUCCAUUCAUUCCACUACCUUUUGCAGAAGCUAAAUCUAAAAGCAUUUGUGAGUUAUAUUUAUCUAAAAAGGAGCAUGAAGCUCCUUCUAAUGAUGGUGUGAUCCCAAGAUUGCAGGACAGUCUUUUAAGUUCUUUCCAGCCUGCGUUAAUUCAGCAAGAUAACAUGAGUCUUCAGAAGCAGCUGAAUCUACAAAGAGAAGCUCUAUACUCUAGGCAAAGAGCCCAAGAAGAAUUGCAUGUGCAGACACAGACAGCCUUGCAACAGCAAAUCGAAAAACACAGAGAGACUUUGAAAGAUUUCUUUAAUGUCAGUCAGGCAAGGCAGCCCUCAGGUGAGAAUGACUUGAAAAUGCAGAGGCUAGAACAGCUCACAGGGUGGUUUCCUCAUAUCCAAGGUCUUGCCUGGGGAGACUCAGAUCAAGAGAGCCCUAGUGAUGAGCAGCCAUGUUCAGCAGAUGUCCAUGCUGAGUACAGUGGUGAGAGUUUGGACAAAGAAUUGAGUGGAAGAGCCUCAAAGCCACCUGUCUCCAAAGUUAAAUUUGGUUUGGACUUAAACCAGCAUGAGCUUAGUACUAUACAGGAGGUGGAGUCACCAGCAAGUGGCAGGACUUCCAUUCUAGGAAAAGCAGAUUUCUAUCAAGGCCGAGACCCAUUAAGGGUCUCAGUAAGCAGAGAACAAAGUUUCCUGGGGAGCCCGCUGGCGCAUGAUCCAUUUGGUUGUCACCAACCACCUGCCCAGGAUAACAGUAGAAGCCAUGACGACGAUGAAGCAGUUCAAGUCAAGGAAUCUGAUGUGGAGAAUCAUGCAGUCUUGAGUCAUGCUGUCUCAGAAGAAGAAAAAGAAGCGUGUACAUACCUGGGUCCAAUUGUGAAGCUAGAUGAUAAGGCUGAAACACAAGAGAUUUCUCAGGAGCCAUUAUCUUCAGUAACCUUUUCUACUGGAAGCUUCUUAAGUUAUGAAAUCACAGAUUUAAGCCUCACAGAUACAGAGUCAUUUUCAGAACAGACCGAGCAUCAAGAAGAAGAAUCUACCAGUAAACAAGAAGAGACCGAUCCUUUUAGUUGUACAGUUCCUUCAACACAAGUUAUUUAUUAUCAGCAGCGUUUCUUACGUGCUCAUGAAUCUCUAUUGCCCACGGAGGAAGAAAGCACAUUCGAUCACACACAUGUUCAGCAGAUCAUAGACAAGGAUAUAAAUGAAGCAGAUUUGAUACCUGAAAAAAGAGAUUUUCAGGUUCCAGCUGUGGACCUUGACUUUCCAGAAUUAGAACAUUUAUUUCCACACUUGCACCGUCUGCUCUUUAAACCCUUAGAACCACAUCUAGAUUUUGACUUGUCAUCAUCCUCUGGAAUUUCUCAAGACAACAAAGACUUUUACCAGAGCUCAGAAUCUUCAUCUGAAAAUCAUGUUUUUAAGGCAUCAUCCACAAGCACAGUUGAUUUCACAGCACUGAGGAGCUUGCCUUCGGACUCAAGACUGAACCAGCAACUCGAGGCUAACCUUGCUCAGGGUCUUGCUGCUGAAGGGUCUGAACAGUCUUUUCAACAGCUUCUACCAGAAUUCUCACAGGAAAGCCAACAUGAUGAUCUACCGAGUAUUCAUAGCAUUGAAGCAAGAGGUACUUCCCAAAGCAUGGAAAGCCAGAACUUUUUUGAGCAGACUGAAAUAGUAAACAAUAAGAAAAGAAGUGUCCAUACCCCAUCUUUGACAGAGAAUUUGACUCCAGCCUGCAGUCCAUCUAAUGAUGCUACUCUAUUUCAUCAGUCACAUAUGCAGCACAGCACACCAUGCGGUUCCAUCUCUAGUGAGUGCUCAGUAAAGCAACUAGAAACCAAAGAAAUGCUGGGCUUUGAAGAACUGUCAAGGACAGUUGCAAUGUCACAAAGCCAAAGACCCAUUGAAGAUGAAAAUGUACAAGACUCUAAGUUGUAUAUAGGUACAGUGGAGAUGGAAACUUCAACUCAUGGACCUAAUUCAUUAAGCAUUCAAAAUGAAAAGCCCAUUCAGAAUGUAAUUAAAACUGAAACUACAAAAGCUGUAACAAAUAUGUCUCAGCUGGCACAAGCAGAGCACAUCACAAACUCAGAGUCUCAUUCCUUUCGGAUCCCUAUUCCAGUCUGGGAAACAGAAUCUGGCUAUGGUAUAAUGGAAGAACCAGAUCUCACUCUAGUAAGCACCAGUGACAUCAGUGUUGCUGAAACAGAUCUUGCAAACCUGACACUUGAAGAAAAAGAUAAUGAAGCACAAAGCUGUCCCCAGGCAGGUGGAUUUCUGCCUCUACUUUCAUCGGAAACUUCUAUUAGAGAUGUAUUAGAGCCUUGUGUGGAUCAGCCCACAGUGGCGCCUUCAGCCAUAUCAAGUAGCUCACAAGACUCCUUUAUGAAAGAAAGGACAUCUAUGGAGCAAUCCUACCAGAGACAGAUGCGAAAUAAAGGUUCAUUCUUAAGCCGCCUGAAAGGUGUGAAUAAAGUUAGAGCAUCUCUUCCUGAAGAGAGGAAAGCUAGACAAGCCCUCAUAAACCAGAAGGCACUAAGGUAUGGCUUUUGUUGUUCAUUUGCUUUAUUUUGCCACACAUGCCCACACUUACUUUCAUGUAUUUCUAACAGAUUAUACAGGCAGUUUGCUGAAGUAAAACAGCAAAGAGAAGAAAAGGCAAAGCAAGAGGUCGGUGACCAAAGUACAGCAAGGGCAAAAGAAUUUCAUAAGGAAACACUACAGAAACUUCGAGCCAAAUACACAUGCUGACUUCUCACAAACUGUGUAAAGGGUUUUCUUUUAGUUUAUUUAAUGUACAUAAAGCUAGAUAUAUUUAUAUGUAAAACCAAUAAAUUUUUGUUUAUAGAUGA